AUUUUCCUCUUCAUCUUCCUAACCUUUCUCCCUAACUUCUCUGUUCAUCUUUUUCUCUCUUUAUUUAUAAAUUUAUCUGCAUAGUACUCUCUGAAUCUAUAUCUUCAAAAAAAAAAAACGUCCAAGAUCAAAUCAAGAAACCCAUUAAAAAAAAAAAUCAGGUUUUGGUUUCAGUUUUAAGGGUUUAAGGUUUCUUGGGGAAGAAACGAUGGAGACUUUUUGUGGGUUUCAAAAGGAGGAAGAGCAGAUGGAUUUACCUCCUGGGUUCAGGUUUCAUCCAACAGAUGAAGAACUCAUAACUCACUAUCUCCAUAAGAAGGUUCUUGACACCAGCUUCUCAGCUAAAGCUAUCGGUGAAGUUGAUUUAAACAAAUCAGAGCCAUGGGAGUUACCAUGUAUGUUUUGAUCAUAAAUCAGGAUUUCAAGUUUUAAAGUCUUUUUUUUUUCUGAAUCUAAACAAGUGUUCUCUUUGUCUUCUUCUUGAGAGCUAAUGUUGUUGGAAGAUUGAUUUUUUUGUGUAUAUAGGGAUGGCAAAAAUGGGUGAGAAAGAAUGGUAUUUUUUCUGUGUGAGAGACAGAAAGUAUCCCACCGGUUUAAGAACUAACCGAGCAACUGAAGCCGGUUAUUGGAAGGCGACCGGGAAGGAUAAAGAGAUAUACCGAGGCAAAUCACUUGUUGGGAUGAAGAAGACACUUGUUUUCUAUAGAGGAAGAGCUCCUAAAGGUCAGAAAACCAACUGGGUGAUGCAUGAGUACAGGCUUGAAGGAAAAUUCUCUGCCCAUAACUUGCCGAAAACCGCAAAGAAUGAAUGGGUGAUAUGCAGGGUGUUCCAAAAGAGUGCUGGAGGGAAGAAGAUCCCGAUUUCGAGUCUAAUCCGAAUCGGUUCACUCGGAACCGACUUUAACCCUUCGCUUUUGCCCUCUUUAACCGAUUCUUCGCCUUACAACGAUAAAACCAAAACAGAACCGGUCUACGUGCCCUGCUUCUCCAACCAAACGGAUCAAAACCAAGGAACCACACUCAAUUGCUUCAGCAGCCCUGUUCUUAACUCGAUCCAAGCCGACAUUUUUCACAGGAUUCCACUCUAUCAAACUCAGUCCCUCCAGGUUUCUAUGAAUCUACAGAGCCCGGUUCUCACGCAAGAACACUCAGUUCUACAUGCUAUGAUCGAGAACAACAGAAGACAAAGUCUCAAAACGAUGAGUGUCUCACAAGAAACCGGAGUUUCAACUGACAUGAACACUGAUAUCUCAUCGGAUUUUGAAUUUGGUAAGAGACGGUUUGAUUCUCAAGAAGAUCCGUCUUCCUCUACUGGACCGGUUGAUCUUGAACCUUUCUGGAAUUACUGAAGAUGAUUCAAGAUUCUCAUGUCCAUUAAUUUACUGUGGUGUGUUAAAGUUUGUAUAGGCUAUUGUCAUAUACUCUCAUAUCAACUUCCACUAUAUAUUAUAACAAUUUAAAGAAACUUAAAAAUAUGAUUUGAUAUAUGACUAAAGUAUUAUAAUACAAUUUUGUACCUCUACGAUGUUUAUAAUCAAAUGUAUAUUUUAGAACU